AUCGUGUCUUCUGUAUUCCUCAUUAUUCUAAUUAUUCAUCAUCAUCGAGAGGAUGGCAAUAAUUUAAAAGCCAACGAAUCUUGUGUUGGAUCAAUUGCGUCUCCUCCGCAUCUCUUUGAUAGUGGUGAUCAGCAGGCUUUAAAACACACUGCAUUCGUUGUCUGACCAUGUGUGCUCGUGUUUGUUAGAGUUUGACUAACAUUUGCAUAUCUUAUUCUCCUCUCAGAAUUUCAUUACGGAUUUGAAUUAUCACGCACGCAACCCAGAAGCAAAAGAAGUCGCCCAAAGAUUUAUGUGCUCAGUUUUGAAUUCGAGUCCAUCUAUUAUGGCGCAUUUUUCCGCUAUCAGAAUUUGAGUGGAAGCAACAUAAAUCCUUCGCAAAGAAUGUGAUUGCAAAUAAUCACGCUGUGGACAUGUAACAGUCAAAGCCUGCUCUUCAUCAAAUGCAAACUUGCCAUAUAAAAAUACAUCUUAUUUGCAUAGCUCUUGCACAUACUUGUAACCUACUAUUAUCGAGUGUAAAAUAUGUGGGUACAAUGAACAGCGUUUCAGCUAGCAAAUUUUUAUUUUGGAGGACUACUUAAUAAAACUAAUUUACUUAAUAUCCUUAAUUAUUUCUUAAUGAUUUAGACGGAAUUAGGUUUGUGGACUAUUCAAACAUUCUUGACUUCAUCGCUUGAGAUUAUUUGAAAUAAUUUAACAUGGCUGAUAAAUACGCUUCAACUAUGAAUUUAGUUCGGAGAACUUUUCAUGCAUGGUUUCAUCAAUUGAUUUGAGGUUAAGUGUAGGAGGGAGCAAAUGAGCUCGUAUGUAAAAUAAAUGCCAACUCAUAAAUGCCAUUAGAAUGAAUCCAUGUUGGAAUGAUGGGAAAACGCGAUCUAUUUGCUAGAUAUGAGCAGAAUCUUUCAAAUUGUUUCAGUUCAUGACGUGUGUAAAGGAUUGUUGUCCACAUUGUUGUCCACAACGGAGGCAAAAAAUAAAUCAAUACCAUUGCAUCACAGCAUUCCACACGGGUUAAGAAGCAGGACGAGGAAAAUGAGACAAGUGUAAUAAUAAAUAUGUUUGUAGCACUGGGUACAUAAAUGCUGAAUAAGUAGUUGUACUAUCAAAGUAUAAUCAAUUGCUGUUAUCUUAUCAUAAAUUAAUUAGCAUAUGUAUAAGUACCACGGCUCUAAGAAGUAAAAGCAAUAUCGAGAACUCGUCUACCUUGAAUCACAUACAUUUUUACAAGACAAUCGGGAUGUGCAACAGAUUAGGCUGUAUUGGAGGAGUGAACCUAUUGUCAUUGUCUAUUACAUGAAUUUAAAUGUGAGAGGUGCUGGUUGAAUAACAGAAUUUGAACCAAGAUUCGUUAUCCUUCUUUGAUGUUUGAGGUAUAAUACCUAAAAGAUUAAGCAAAGUUCACUCUCUGGUGAAAUAGCUUAAAAAUGAUUCCAAGCUUCAACGACAAACGCCGUGUGCAUAACAAUUGACAAAUGAGUCCAGCAGGGAAGGAUGGGACUAAAAACACAUCUGUUAUUCCUUCGCGAUGCAUGAGCUCAUCGCAUUUGGAUGAUGGCUUCGUUGAUGACGAUGAGAUAUUGAGAUAGCUGUACGGUUUCCAGCUUUGGUGGACAUCCUAUCGCGUUUUAGAGCAGUGUGACCACAAAGAACCAGAUCAACUAAACUUAAGAGGAGGAUCAAGAGUAACCAAGUCAAGUCAUUUUUGGCCGUCGUUGUGCAUAAAGUACUCAGAUUUCUUUUUCAGAACUGAUCUCCCAUUUGUUGGCACAUUCACGAGUAAAAGUUCUGGGACCCACUGUUGUGACGAAGUAAUGACGCAAACUUUCAGGUUGACGUUGCUGGAGACAAAUGAGAAACUGUUUAAUUUUCGUUAUGAAAUGCAAAGUUUCCUUUCGAUUAUUAAUAUUCCUGCGACUCCAAGUACAUAAUUAUGCAGGUGAUAGAUGGCCCACCUAUUAAGCACCUGCUUGCCAAUAAAAGGUUAUGGUUCAUCAUGCUCACCUCAACUGGAAAUGCAGACUUACAUAUGCAGACAUUUGAAAUCGUUAUCGGCGAGGCUUUGCGUAACAGCGUAAUCGUACAGUAAAAAAGAGACUUCUUUAUAUUAACUCUCUACACAACAGACAAUAAAAAUGCUAAUUACGUUGCACCUCUUUCAUGAACAAGUGCAUUUUAUGCAUCAUUAGAGCACUUUAACUCAUUCAAGCUUUUAAUUUAUGCAUAAUAACAAGAUAAACUGUCACUGUUUACCACCAUUAAAUAGCCAUUGUUUCAUGUAUGCAUGCAUGAAGAAUUGAUCACUGCACGGCUAAUUUGCAUUCACAAUGAAACGAGACCACGCAUCACUUGCUCCCGGACAAAUCAACCUGACAUCCGAUUUUCACUUUUAUCUCUGACAAUGUGAGCGUGUGCAGUCGUCCAAAAAAGGCAUAAAAAUGUGUCUGUUGACCCAAAUUCAUCUUUUAAUAUACACGAAACAUUCCACUUCAUAAACAUAUAAUUAGUCAACUGGAGACUCUUCCAACCACUUCUUCUUCUGUGAUUGAGCUCUGAUUCUGCCCCCGAGAGUCGGCUUAAACAUGGGGAAAAUCCUUACAAGUUUUGUGAUCUCUUGUUUCAGUAAUUUUUUGUUAAUUUGUGUGUCCAGUAAUCCACACGAGCGAUAUUUUGUCCCCACUCAAGAGCAGUUCGUGGCGCAACAAUCUCAGUCCUUGGUCCACCAUAACAAAGCCCAAGGAAUUUUCCCCACGCAGUCAUUUGGCUGGUCAAACUUCCCUUUUGCUGCUAGUGUCAGUUCAGGAGCUGCGUCGUCGGUCCAAGCGAGUGCGAAUGCAAAUGCAAAUGCAAAUGCAGUAUCUGGAAUCUCAUUUGGGUUUCCACCAACAAAUCCAGGAGGGGGGCUUCAAAUUGGCUGGGGUGCAAAUCAACCCCAAUUCUUUGGAGGAGCAUUUGGCCUUGGAUUUGGUUUUGGUGGGGGCUGGUACAACCCGUAUCCGGCCAACCCGUUCCUCGGCGUUCCUGGAAACAUUCAACAUUCUCAGCAAAAUCUUCAAUUCCAGCAACAAAUCCAGAGCAGUGCCGGAGGAUCUGCUGGGUUUCAUUUUAAUAAACCCUCAAUUGAUUUGCUGUUAUCCUAUCCAGAGAUUCCCACCCUUUUGAAGCCAUCUCAAACAGGGUGGGAUACGUCCUACAACAUUCCAUGCGGCACAUACCAGAUUCAACCAUUUGUGAGAGCAAAUCUGCGCCUGGGAACGUCUUCGUCGCCCGUUGGCAAUGUCAACGGGAAAAGAAAGCGACGAAGCUCCUUCAACUUUCCCUUCAGAGACGACGACUCACUUGAGAAGCAGACGUGGUCCUCCUCCCAAAGACAGCCGUUCAUAUCCCAAGAUCAACGUGGUUUUCCAUCAUUCUUUCCUCCUCCCCUUCACCAUCCGGUGCAUCAGGCUGUUUCCGUCAACGCAGGUCCAGCAGAACCCGGUGGCUCGAAAACGUGCUCGUGGACAUUCAAUUCUGAUGGGACGUGCAAGCUAAAGUUCAAAUGUGUAUGGUUCCAACUACCGGCGCUGGUUAGUUGCACCGAAAAUUCGCUGCUUGUGACUGACAAUACUCCAAAUCUUAAUAACACAUUUUGUGGAAAUCGUAAACCUCGAAAAGUCUACAGCUCAUCGAAUGGAAAGCUGAUACUAACAUUCCGAUCACACGCCACAUCGGCGCUUCCUGCAGUAUUUGAUUGUGCAGUUACUUGUUCACUUGAGUCGUCUCCAGAAAACGGACACAAACCACAAAGCAAGGUGAUUUCGGCUCCCUUAAGAAAUGAAGCUAAUGUCACCACAUCCACGGAAAAUGACUUCACAUUGGCAUUGUCAUCUGCGACUUCGGGGAAAGAUAUUCACAAAGAAGCAGCGGGGGGAGUUACGGAGAAGCCACGGAUUCGCAUUGGAGACUGCAGAUGUGGAGUUCGAGAUGACCAUUACUUGUCAAAAGGACGCAUUGUUGGUGGCCACCCCGCCACCCCGGCCGAGUUUGGGUGGACUGUGGCUCUGGUAAGAACGUCAUCCUCCCCCAGGUCAACAAAUGGACGACCAUUCUGUGGGGGUUCUCUCAUCUCUGACCGUUAUGUGAUCACGGCGGCACAUUGUGUCUCCAACAACAAGGUAAUCAGGGAGCCGAGGAGCGUUCCUGCUCGCGGUGUGCAGGGUCUGAAAGAAUUAUUUCAAGUUCUCCUCAUCGAGCACGAUGUGACCAGAUUGGACGACGUGCCUGGAGGGAGUGUGCGCUUCGGUGUCGACAAAAUCCUGGUCCAUCCGCUCUACAACAAUGUCUCAUUUGAUUACGAUGUCGCUCUCCUUCGCCUGGAUCGACCAAUUGAGUUUACAUCGUCCCAGUCAGCCUUCUACCGAUAUGACACGUUCGACUUUCACUCUAGACGUAGAUUUAUUCCGGAAGUGGAGGCGCGUCCUCAUAUUCCGAGACCGACGCCAAUUUGUUUGCCUUCAGAUAAAAGUGAAUCGCUGGUGGACAAAUAUGCCACCAUCACCGGAUGGGGACUUCAACAAGAAGGUGGGAAUCCAUCGGAUGAACUGCAGAAGGCGACAGUUCAAGUAUUUAACGACUCUUUUUGUAAGGAGCUCUACAAGGAGUACAAUUAUCCCGUGACGGACUCGAUGAUGUGUGCUGGAUACAUGGCUGGAGAAGUUGAUGCUUGCGUGGGCGACAGUGGCGGCGGAUUGAUUGUGAAGGACAAUGAAAAGUACAUUCUUGCUGGAAUCACGAGCUGGGGCCGAGGUUGCGGAAGAAAAAAACAGCCUGGCGUGUAUACAAAAAUCCACUUUGCACUAAUUGAGUGGAUUCGAAAGGAAGCGAGUGACGGAGUGUGGUGCGUUUAGCGGAUAUUGUUAAUUAUUUAACACGUAUAUUGUUAGAGCGAAAUGGGCAACAUUGUUGUAUCAUCUUGAAAUUGUACACUAUAUUUUAUUUUGUAUUUGGGAUGCAUGCAAAUCAAUCCUAUUAAAAUCUUCGUAAAACCUAAAACUA